UUUUCUUUCUAUUUCUUCGUAGAUCGAUCGCUAGAGCUUUGAUUUUGAGAAUUUAGAUUGGUUGCACUAGUACUGAGGCUCCGUGGCGCAUCUGAUUUUAUGCUCGGUUGCCCAAUCUUAAUGUGCAAGAUCGAAACUUUGGGAAUCCGCUUUGCGAGGAAGUUGUUGAGGGGUUUUCAAGCCCGAAGAGAUGGUUCUCAAGACUGAGCUGUGCCGAUUUAGCGGUGCUAAGAUAUAUCCUGGGAAGGGUAUUAGAUUCGUUCGAGCUGACUCUCAGGUUUUUCUGUUUGCUAACUCAAAAUGCAAGCGGUAUUUCCACAACCGUCUGAGGCCUGCUAAGCUUACCUGGACUGCUAUGUACAGGAAGCAGCACAAGAAGGACAUUCAUGCUGAAGCUGUUAAGAAGAGGCGCCGUACCACAAGGAAGCCAUACUCAAGGUCUAUUGUUGGUGCUACCUUGGAAGUGAUUCAAAAGAAGAGAACUGAGAAGGCUGAAGUACGUGAUGCUGCUAGGGAAGCAGCACUACGUGAGAUCAAAGAACGGAUUAAGAAGACCAAAGAUGAGAAGAAAGCCAAGAAGGCUGAGCUGAUGGCCAAGACUCAGAAGACACAAGCCAAGGGAACCAUGCAAAAGGGUCCAAAAGCUGGACCCAAGCUUGGCGGCGGCGGUGGCAAGCGCUGAAUGCCUUAAAAAUGCUGCCUGCAUUGUUCAAUCUUUGAUCGUUUGUCAAUUUUUAGUAAUGUGAAAUGAGUUUUACUUUAGCUGCGGCCUCAAUGAGAAUGUAACCUGCAUGUUCAUGUAGUUGCAGCUCACCAUUUUGAACAUCUAGUCCAGUUUGUUUGGAUUAAAUUUUCUGAUUCUCAAUUUGCAGGUUUUUCUUAAAGAACUAUUGAUGUUUGUGUGUCAGGGUGUGCUUGAUGUAUUCUAGGAUUUCACCCUAAAUGAAUGUCUUCUUAUCUGCAGUUUACUGACUUAUGGUAGUCCUAAACUUGUCCUCAAUUUUUUGA